AUGUCAGGAGGUAAAGGAAAAGCCGGUUCAUCCGAAAAAGCAUCAACUUCAAGAUCAGCUAAGGCUGGUUUGACCUUCCCAGUCGGAAGAGUCCACAGAUUAUUGAGAAAGGGAAACUAUGCUCAAAGAAUUGGUUCAGGUGCCCCAGUCUACUUGACUUCAGUCUUGGAAUACUUGGCUGCUGAAAUCUUGGAAUUGGCCGGUAACGCUGCUAGAGACAACAAGAAGUCAAGAAUCAUCCCAAGACACUUGCAAUUGGCCAUUAGAAACGAUGAGGAAUUGAACAAAUUGUUGGGACACGUUACAAUUGCUCAAGGUGGUGUCUUGCCAAACAUCCACCAAUCCUUGUUGCCAGCCAAGAAAGCAAAGACUGGUGCUUCUCAAGAAUUAUAA